AUGCCUAAACGGGUGACAGUCUUCCUCAAUGGGCAAGAUGUCAAUGGCAAGGCAAUGCUCGUGCCCGAGACCUUGGAGAGGCUGCUGGCGGCGGCCCUGGCGAAGCUUAUCAUACCAAAGCCAGUAACGGAAGCCGUUGAUAAUGAUGUCCCACAAACAACAACAGCUGAUAAGGUCGCCUACCGCCUUUUCACGGCAAAGGGCGGCGAGAUUGACGACCUCGAGGUGAUUCGCGACGAUGAGACGCUGUACCUGGUGGCGGAGGGUGAGCCUUUUAUCGGGCGACCUAGGCCAACAACAACAGCAGCUGCUUCCAAAACUCCCACUUGUGAUAUAAAGACGGCAAAGAAGUUAUCAAGGAGGAAGCAACGGUCGGCAGAGAAGGCGAGCGGCGAUGGCCAUUACAAGUCCACUUACAAAGUCCUCGAAGACGACUGGAUCCGCCUGAACAUCGGCGGGAAGGUCUUCACCACCACUCGCGGGACGAUAGUCGCCAAGGAGCCCGACUCGAUGCUCGCGCGAAUGUUUGAUCGAAAUCAUAAAACUAAUGAGCACCAGACGCUGCUCGUCCCGGGGCGGCAGGACGAGACCGGGGCCUACCUGAUUGACCGCAGCCCCGACUACUUUGAGCCGCUGCUCGGCUACCUCCGCCAUGGGAGCCUCAUCCUCGACCGGCACCUCAACCCGGCGGGCGUCCUCGAGGAGGCCAAGUUUUACGGCUUCUACGCACUGCUCCCCGAGCUCGAGGCGACCGUCCUCCAGGAGGCGAUGCUGGGGAAUAGCAUUGAGCGUCACGUGGGCGUCGCCCCUCUCACCCGCCGCGAGGUGGUGAAGGCGCUGGUGGGCACGCCCACGGAGACGCGGCUCCGCUUUCAGGGCGUCAACCUGGCCGGGGCGGACCUGUCGAAGCUCGAUCUGAGCAAUAUCAACUUUAAGUACGCCAUUUUGAGGGGGGCUAAUCUGCAGGGCGCCAACCUCAAGGACUGCUGUCUGGAGCGGGCCGAUCUCUCGAGGUGCACGCUGGAGGGGGCGACGCUGAUCAACUGUCACAUGGUGUGCGCCAACUUGGAGGGCAGUAAUCUGAGAGGCUCCAACAUGGAGAGCAACUCCCUCAAUCAGAUCACCAACCUGGAGGGGGCGAACUUGAAUAACACCAACCUCGAGGGCUCGCAGAUGCGUCGCGUCAACCUGCGCGUCGCCUCGCUGAAGCACGCCAACGUGCAGAACUGCAAUCUGGACUGUGCCUGUCUGGCCGGCGCCAACUUAGAAAACUGUGAUCUCUCCGGCUCCGACCUGAACGAGGCGAAUCUGCGCGGCGCCAACCUGAAGGGGACGCGCUUCGAGCUGAUUCACACGCCGCUGCACAUGUCCUACCUCGCCAGCUGA